AUGAUGUCUCGCGCCGAAGACCUGGGCGUGCACCAUCCGCCGAUUCCGGUCGCCAAUGACAGUGAAAUACUUGGCGUGAUCCAGAUACUGAUAAAAAGCAGCGUGGAGAUGAAGAACCUCCUUCUGAAUGAGUGCUCCGUGCUGCUUGAGUGCCGGUCAUGUGGAUCCAUUUUUCGCGGUGUAAUAAGCUUUUUAACGCAUAAACGAACAUGCUGCCGCACACUGUUCUCGAAUACAGCGCAGAACUAUGACCCAGUCAUCGAGCUGGCAAAGGAAGCCCUGCGUGGUAUAAAAUUAUUUAGAAUUACUUAUGCUGCGUUGAAAAAGAUGAAAUUUGUGUUGUAG